GUCCAACAUUAUGUCAUUACGCCGGUUACUCAAGUUGGCUGGGGGUUCUUCAGCAAGCUGCGCGACUUUUUCUGUGGAGCAACCGAUGUUCGUAGGCCAGUCGGUUUAAAGCUUGCGCGACGAACCCCCUCGAUAGAUACAGGUUCGGACAUUAUUGAGGCGAUGUUCUUCGGUCAGAAGUCAUGCGCAAACUUGGAAGAUAGCUGAGUUGAUCGGAUAAGUUUCCUUUGUUCUUAGUUGUUGAGAGUUGUUUGCCAUGAGGGGAAGCUUAUUUCUAUAUAUAUUCAACAGACUUUCUCCCCAUUUCGGUUCCCCAGACCUGAAGGCAUCGUAAACUCUCAACGUCCUACUCUAGCCUAGCAUCCUUCUCUAUUUCCAUUGAACAUCAACAAGAUGGCUACGAUGCAAACAGGCUUAGACAUUCUCCGCAGGAGAACUAUCGUCGACUGCGACACUAUGGAUGAACAAGUUGCCAGAGACUUGGGUCCGUUCCAAGACUGUACUUCGAACCAGGCUAUUGCGUACGGCGAACUGUCGAAGCCAGAACACAUCGGAUUGAUCCGCAAUUCCAUCUCAGACGCCAAUGAUCUUUUGCCCAGAUUCACUGGCCUCACGCUGGAGGAGCUGGCAGUUGAGAUUGCGAUGGUUAGAUUAGCCUUGAAAAUAGCUCCUCAUAUUCGUGGACACGUUCAUGUCCAGACGAACCCUUACUACUCUUACUCCACUGAAAGCACAAUUGUGAACGCUUUGAGAAUUAUCCAGCUCUUCCAACACCUGCAACCAGGUUUUGAGCAAUCUCGUGUCUGCAUCAAAAUUCCGAGUACGUGGGAGGGCAUGAUGGCUUGCCGAGCUCUUGAGAUGGCCGGUGUGCGAACGCUAGCCACGACGCUCUUCACAAUGUCCCAGGCCAUCUUAGCGGCGGAGGUUGGGUGCACGUAUAUAGCCCCUUAUGUCAAUCAAUUGAAAGUCCACUUCGAACCAGGAUUCACGGACCCAAACAAGCUCUUGCCUCUCUGUGUUGCAAUCCAGAAGCAUUAUAAAUCCAUCAAUGCAAAAACAAAGGUCUUGCCAGCCAGCUUGACAUCCACAAACGAGAUAUAUGCCCUGGCAGGAGUUGAUCAUAUCACAAUCGCGCCAGACCUCCUGAAACAGCUUUCGCAACCCAGCUCUGCACCUCAAAUGGAGUCUCUCUUUGACUCUGAUGUUCCACCAGCAAUCUCUGUGGCACAACAGUCAUUUGUUAACGACGAAUCCGCUUACAGGAUUGCCUUCACCCGGGACUUGCAUGGAGCAAGUGAAGAGAAACUUACACAGGCAAUCAAUAUUUUCUGCGACAUGCAAGACAAACUUGUGCAGCUCAUGAGAUCAAACUUGGAUUAAAUAGGAAAGUAAAUUUAAGCUGCGCACGAACCAGACGUCGGCUAGGAGGCGGAGUAUAAGAAAGAUGGCAAACAUACAUUCAUACACAUAAGACAACGUAUGUACAGGAC